AUGUAUUCAAAUGGGAAGUUCAAAAAUGUAGUGGCUUUCCUACAAGAAUCUGGCAAACUAAUUCUACCUGGGAAGACCAAAAAUUAUUCAUAUAUACUGAGACCUCACAGAGGUGCCACCAAGAAUUGGAUAGCACUCGAGGAUUCAUAUUCAAAAUCUGGCGCAACUCUAGCAUCAACUGUUCUAUGUAACUCCGAAUCUAAUGAUGAGCGUAACGUGUUCGCUAUUUACGUGUCCUACUAUGUGAAAGUUAAGUUAACACAUAGCGCAAUGGGUGGUCAAAUUUCCGUCACACUCCCGUUCACUCUUACCCGGUCCUGCAUCAAUGAAGCCCCAACUGAUAGCGUAACAGAAGAAGCAAUCCAUAAAAUGAUUCUAGAAGGUGAAGAAGAGAAAGCAGAAGUAAAAGACAACCAGAAUAGCAACGGAGAAACAAUUCAUGAAGCGGAUGAACCGUCGCCAGAGAAUUAUAGAUGCAAAAGAACAAAAGUGACUGAACAAAAAGAAACAGCGAUUGUUAAAUGUAAUAAUGAAGAAUUGGAUUUCAUUGAGAAAUAA